AAGAGACACGGGCGGGGGGUCAACGUUGGCUUCGUGUUGCUGUGCGUGGAGCUGAGACCUCAGCGUUAACGGCGCAGCGAGGCUAGUGCUAGCCACUUAGCUAUCAAUGUUAGCCAGGGCCAGGGAGUGUGGUGGCUGUUUAAGAUGCCAGCAAAGAGUGUGUUAGGUGUUAUUUCUUUGAAGCGUUUGCACAACAGUAGCAGGAAGGUUAGUCCCUGACUCUGCGUCACGACGUGUAUUACUCGCUAAGUGGAUGUAAAUGCUAACGUUAGCCACGUUAACUGCUGUUAGCUCUGGUAGUAGCAACUUCCCGACAUGCACAGCGCUGUGUUUUUGGUGACGUCAUGUGGUCCGUGUGGAUUUCCAAUCCAGCAGGUUCCACCUAAAAAGAGAUGAAUGAAAGUCUGUCAAUCAGAACUGGAGUGCUUCACAUCUUUAGAUGUUAAUUGGUUGUUGUAUUUUCGGUAGCGGCUGCAACAUGCCUGCACCAAACAUGUACACACACACACACACACACACACACACACCGUCUAUUUUUUGUUGCAAAGUCUGGACGAAGGGCUCGCCUUGCUGCAGAUCAAUCUUCCUUUGAGGAUUCUCGCCACCAGAGGAAGUCGUCCACCACUGCUUCAAUGGGAGAUGCACCCCCUCCUAAACCGGCCCGUCGGCAGGGUGGCUGGGCAGAAGAAAGCUCUGGGUCUGGAUCUGCCAAAUCUUCAAGAAGACCUGCAGCUGAGGAUGUGGAAGACCGGCGCCUGCAACCACAAACUCCCCAGGGAUCAGAUGAUGAAGGAGAUGUGGUCUCUUCUUUUGUGUUUUUUAGAUAUCCCAGUGAUUCCAGACCUUGACGAAGUUCAGGAAGAAGAUCUCACCAUGCAAAUUGCAGCUCCACCAAGCAUUCAGGUGAACCGGGUAAUGACCUACAGAGAUCUGGACAAUGAUCUGAAGUAUUACUCUGCCUUUCAGACCUUAGACGGAGAGAUUGACCUGAAGCUCCUCACCAAGGUUUUAGCACCAGAGCAGGAGGUGAAGGAGGAUGAUGUGAGCUGGGACUGGGAUCAUCUGUUUACAGAGGUGUCCUCAGAGCUCCUGAUGGAAUGGGAUCAAGGAGAGAAUGAGGAGCCGGCUGCAUUGCCCGUAACAUGAGGAGGAGGAGGAGGUUUGGACUGAGACUUUGAAUGGCUCCAGUGGGAACUGGGUGAAUGUCCAUUACACAGAAGGGCCAGUGACUUUGGUUAUAUUAACUUUAAUUACUGUUUGUUAUCCAUCGAUUUAUAUUCUGUAAAGUGUAUAUACAACAUCCCUUGUAUUUUCUAAAUAAAGUUCACUGUGUAGUGUUUUCUGA